AUGGUUCAUCUCGACUUCCCUAUAACAAACAAUGAAGCAAAGUACGAAGCUUUAGUAGAAGGACUGGAUCUCGCUAAAGCCAUGGGGGCAACAAAUGUGAUUGUGUAUUGCGACUCCCAGGUGGUCACUAGUCAGGUGAACAGUGAUUUUGAAUGCAAAGGGGAAAAGAUGAAAAGGUAUCUGGAGCAGCUUGACUUGGUGGAUGAGGUUAAAGCAACGACCGAACAAAGAUUAGCGCGAUACCAGAACCUCAUGGCCAAGCAUUACAACUCAAGAGUCAAGCACAGAGACUUCCAGGUUAGGGAUCUCGUAUUGAGAAAAGUGAUGGGCGCUACAAGAGAUCCCUCCCAAGGAAAGCUAGGACCUAAUUGGGAAGGACCCUACAGGAUCGCUUCAUGGCAGAGGAAAGGCACCUACCACCUGGAGACGCUAGACAGAAAAAAGUUGCACAACCUGUGGAACACAAAGCACUUGAAGAAAUACUACCAAUAUACAAUGGCAUGA